GUGAAAAUCCUGCCCACCUGGUCUUCCACUGAAGGUAUCUUCAGGACUGCGGAGUGUAUGCAAUCAGGACCGUCACUAGACUGCAUAACCAAUCAACCAUGAGCUUCCUCAUUGACUCCAUCCUUAUGGUCAUAUCCCAGCUGCUGUUCUUUGGCUUUGGUUGGCUGUUUUUCAUGCGGCAGCUCUUCAAAGACUAUGAGGUGCGGCAGUAUGUGGUUCAAGUCGUCUUCUCUGUGACUUUCGCCUUUUCCUGCACUAUGUUUGAACUGAUUAUUUUUGAGAUCCUGGGACUGUUAAAUACCAGCUCCAGAUACUUCCACUGGAAGCUCAAUCUUUGUGUGAUCUUAUUGGUCCUGGUCUUUGUCGUCCCUUUUUACAUUGGCUACUUUGUGGUGAGCAAUAUUCGACUGUUGCAUCGGCAAAGGUUACUCUUCGCUUGUGUCGUCUGGUUGACGUUUAUGUACUUCUUCUGGAAGCUGGGAGACCCCUUCCCUAUUCUCAGCCCGAAGCAUGGAAUCCUGUCCAUUGAGCAGCUGAUCAGCAGGGUGGGUGUCAUUGGGGUUACACUAAUGGCCCUACUGUCUGGUUUUGGUGCUGUGAAUUGUCCCUACACCUAUAUGUCCUACUUUUUAAGGAAUGUGACAGAAGCCGACAUUCAGGCCCUAGAAAGACGAUUGCUACAAACCAUGGACAUGAUUGUCAGCAAGAAGAAGAGGAUAGCGAUGGUGCGAAGGAAUAUGUUCCAGAAAGGAGAGGAGCACAUCCGCCCUGGUGGAAUCUGGGGGAUGAUAAAGAGUGUCACAUCUUCAGCUCCUGGCAGUGAAAACCUCUCUCAGAUCCAGCAGGAGGUGGACGCUCUGGAGGAACUGAGCCGGCAGCUUUUUCUGGAGACCGUGGACCUGCACGCCACUAAGGAGAGGAUUGAAUAUUCCAAAACCUUCCAAGGCAAAUACUUCAAUUUCCUGGGCUACUUCUUCUCCAUUUACUGUGUGUGGAAGAUAUUUAUGGCUACAAUCAACAUCGUAUUUGACAGAGUUGGAAAGACCGACCCCGUGACCAGAGGCAUCGAGAUCACUGUGAAUUACCUGGGCAUACAAUUCGAUGUGAAGUUCUGGUCUCAGCACAUCUCCUUCAUUCUGGUGGGAAUCAUCAUUGUCACCUCAAUCCGAGGACUGCUGAUCACACUCACCAAGUUCUUCUACGCCAUCUCUAGCAGUAAGUCCUCCAAUGUGAUCGUCCUGCUUCUGGCUCAGAUUAUGGGUAUGUACUUUGUGUCCUCGGUCCUCCUGAUCCGGAUGAGUAUGCCUUUGGAAUAUCGCACCAUCAUCACCGAGGUCUUGGGAGAGCUUCAGUUUAACUUCUACCACCGCUGGUUUGAUGUCAUCUUUUUGGUCAGCGCCUUGUCCAGCAUCCUCUUCCUGUACUUGGCACACAAGCAGGCCCCAGAGAAACACAUGGCCUUAUAACACUGACUGAAUAAAGAGACUUCUGUUUCUGUCAUGGUGCGAUUUGACGU